AUGGGUUUCGAUAAGAUUAGUUUUACUCUCAUCUUCUUCGAUUGUCUUCUUCUAACAGCGUUCCACUUUAGCGCAAAGGCAAAUGACAAACUUCGAGAAGGACUUCGUAUAAAAGCAGACUAUUCAUCGUACUCGUAUGAUUUUAAAUCUGAAGAUGGACCAAACAAUUGGGGCAACCUAAAUCCACAAUGGAAAAAUUGUAAAACCGGAGAAAAACAAUCUCCGAUUGCUAUAAGUCAUCGUCAUGUAUCGUUAUCCGUUUUACAUGGAGAUUUGAAGAUCAAAUACAAGCCAGCUAAAGCUGUAAUUAAAAAGGGAAGCCAUCUAGUUGAGGUCGAAUGGAAGGGAGAUGCAGGCGGCAUCGUAAUAAAUGGUAUCAAGUAUAAAUUGGUACAAUGCCAUUGGCAUACUCCCUCCGAACAUACUGUCAAUCGAUUUAGAGGUGCUGCAGAGUUGCAUGUUGUUCAUAAAAAUGAUGCAGGAGAUGCGGCUGUUAUCGCCAUUUUGUACGCAAUAGGACCACCCGAUCCUUUUCUCGGAUUGGUUUUACCACACCUAGCAUCGAAUGCGAGUGCGCCCGAUUUAGGGGUUCUAAAUCCAUUUUGGAUCAACUUAAGAGAUAGAUUAUAUUACAGAUAUAUCGGCUCUUUUACAACUCCUCCAUGCUCGGAAAAUGUCACUUGGACUGUAUUUAAAUUUGUGAGGACAAUCUCCCGGCAGCAAAUAUACGCGCUCCGGACAUCUGUUAAGGAUGGAAAAUUAGGAACUGCGAGGCCAAUACAAGCAAUGAAUGGAAGAACUGUGUAUUACAUUUUUGACGAACCUCGACCCUCUAUUUAA